AUGGCGAUCGAUUCGAUGCAGAGAGCAACAAACAAUUUCCGAUGGGGAGAUGAUAUGGAAGAAGAAGACGAAGACCUUGGUUUCCUGCUUCCUCCUAAGCAGGUGAUCGGUCCUGACCAGAACGGUGUAAAGAAGGUGAUUGAGUUUAAGCUGAACGACGAGGGCAAAAAGGUCAAAAUCACGACCACGAUCCGUGUCCAGAAGCGACAACUCAACAAACGAGCCGAAGAGCGACGGAGCUGGGUCAAGUUCGGUGACGCCGCCGAUGAGAACUCCGGUAGCCACCUCACUAUGCGGUCUACCGAAGAGAUUCACUUGGAACGAAUCAGGGCUCCUGGUAGCAAAGUCGAAGAAGCAAAAGCAUCAGAGGAUAACAUGUCUCAGUCUGGCAAAGCGGGUGCUGUCCUCAUGGUCUGUAGGUUAUGCCAUAUGAAAGGUGAUCACUGGACUGCAAGAUGCCCUCAAAAGGAUCUCUUAUCCUUAAUGGAAAAGCCUUCAACAGCAGAAACUUCUACGUCGACUGGAACUGGCAAUGCCUCUUAUGUCCCGCCAAACAUGAGAGGGGAUGCAGACAGAAGAGCCACUGGUUCUGAUAUGAGGAGAAGGAACGAUGAGAACUCUGUUCGUGUGACUAACUUGUCUGAAGACACACGUGAACCUGAUUUGAGGGAAUUGUUCGAACCGUUUGGUGCUGUAGCCCGGGCCUAUAUGGCCAUAGACCAGAAUACGCGCAUGAGUAGAGGAUUCGGUUUCGUCAAUUUUGUAAGCAAGCAAGAUGCACAACGAGCAAUCGACAAAUUAGAUGGGUAUGGUUACGAUAACCUCAUACUUAGGGUUGAAUGGGCUGCUCCUAGACCCAAUUAG